GUGGCGAGUGGCGACCCGUUCCUCUGUUUCCUCCUCUCGCUUUGGCCGCGAGUGAGCGCGAGCGGCCGCGUCGUCGUCUUCCUCGUCGCGAUCACCGAUCAAAUCCACAGAAAACCAAUUCGUUACAGCCGGGCUUCGAUUCACCGCCACCCCUCCUCAUCUCCUGCUGCCGCCUUUUAUCCUCAGGCCGGAAAGCCCUAGCGGGGAGCAGUGCCGACCACCCGCGGAGGGCGGGGGAUAACUGAGAGCCCGGGGUUGCUGAAGCGGCCGCUCCGGCUCCUUCCAAUGGCGCGGAUCCAGCCUGUUCUGGAUGAAAGAAUGGACCCAUUUCUUGGUAGAUUGACUAGAACUACCACCAUUGACCAAACAUGGUGCACUGCUCAGAAUGGCCUGUCCUUGUUCAACGAGCCUCUCCCUGACACUAGGAUUUCUUCUGCAGAGCUUAAUUAUGGUUUUAUCAAGUUCAAGGAUACAACUGCACCAUCUAAUAAUGCAAACAACUUCGAACCAUUUGCAACUGUAGUGUCAAGGUUGCAUCAACACCUUCUGGAUGCAAAUGUUGAAGUUACUUAUACAGAAUACUUAGAUUUGAUGAAACUAGAAGUUGAUCAGCAGCUUAAUAAGCUCACCGAGGAUAUACGGGUCUUCAAAAGCUAUGACUUGGCCCACAAAUAUGAUGCAAACAGUUCAUGCUCUACGGCAUGCCAUGUCGGGAAGUUGACUGAGAUAGAUGAGGGAUUCAACAGCUUGAAGGUGCUGUUGGUUGUAGUUUUCCAACAAAUUAGAGAGAUGCUCACAUUGGUCAAUGCUUCAAUCCAUGAUCUUCAGUGGGAGCAUGAAUUACAGCUAGAGGUUAUUCGCAUUAUUAUUGGAGACUGCAUUAGAGGCCUUCAGGAUGAGCUAGGGAGGAGGUUGCAUGAACAAAGUUCCAUAGUGAAUAGUCUAAGAAAAAAUUGGCAGGAAACUGUGGCUCAGUGUGCUUCCAUCCGUGAAGACCUGAUUGCUAUUUCUGAUAUACUAUUACCUUCAGAAGAAGAACCCCACAUUCCCCUUUGUAGGCAUGAAAGUUUGGGUAACUGGAGCGACAGAUGGAAGUUCAGCUUUUUCAGAAAGAUAACACAUCAGGAUCACUCCCUAUCUUCCUCUGAGCAAAACAAGAAUUCUGCAACACAGAAAUCUAUAUCUCUCAGUGAAGUUAUUUCAGAAAAAUCUGACUUCCGACAUCUGAAGGGUAUGCCUAGACAAGAAAUGCUUAACUACUUCAGAUCUGAGAUCAGUAAAUUAAGAAGGCUGCAUGAGUUGGAUUUGCAAGAGAAAACAGAAGAGCUGUUCAAAUUCAAACGAGAGAAAUGGUCAUUGGCUCUUAAGUAUGAUGUAGAAUUCGAGCCCUUACGGAAGAAAUUCCCUGAGAUCAUUUUAAGAUUUGACCAAAUCAUGUCCAAUGGAAUGGCAGCACCUACAAUCUGCAGUGCUAGUGAUGCACUUGAUGAAAGGAGCAGAUUGAAUAGUAGAAUUGAUUCGCUGUACCGUGACAACCAGCAUCUUCGAUGUUUGCUUGCAGAGAAGACGAAGAAUGUUCAGGAAUUAUCAUGCCAGAUAUCUGAUGCCAGUAGGAAAAUGUCACUUCAAUAUUCUCUAGAAAAACAACUUUUGAGGCAAGUCAGCAACAUUAAAGAAGAGUAUGAGGAUCUUUAUGUCGAAAGCACUAUCAGAGAUGAAAUUUACCAAACUGUUACAAGAAAAUUGGUUGAUAGUCAUAGGAACAUCUUGGAAGAUACUGCUCAAAAUUUUCAUGCAAAGCUGUCCUCACUUGAAGCUGCACUCUCAGAAAAGGACAAGGCGUUGUCUUUAUCUAAUGAAGAAAACCAGAAGUUAAAGGAAAAAUUGUCAAUACUAGAAAAAGAGCAUUUCGUCCAAAAUAAUCAGCAAGAUCUAGAGCUAACCAAGCAAGAGAGUGAGGAAAUGGUACUCCGUGACAUUGAGAUGGAGACUCAUGUGGCGCCACAAAGACCAUAUGAGAUUUCUGAUCAGGAUAUGCCGUAUGAGGAGCUCAUUAACCUGAAUCAGACUUUAGAGAUUGCCUCAACCACCUUAAAAGAAGUUGAAACAAAAAAAUUGGAUUAUAGUGAUAUCCUAGGUAAAAGAGAGCAAGAAAAGCAGCUAGACUGCAUUAUGGUAUCAAUCAUGGAUUUGUCAAAAGAAUUUGUGGAGAUUGAACAUAAAAUGUCAGAAGAUAUAAAAGGAAAUGACAAAAAGACAGAAAAUCUGAAUGAUCGAUGCAACCAUAUGGUACAACAGGCCAUCGUACUGACAAAGAAAGGUCUAUGGUACAAGCAAAUGCUUGACACAAGACGUUCUGAGCUCCGAAAAGCUGAAUCUGAGGUCGAUAUUUUGGGAAAUAAGGUCAAUGCACUCUUAAGCCUUGUUCAAAAGAUAUAUGUAACUCUUGAGCACUACUCUCCUGUUUUUCAGCAUCAUCCUGUGCUAUUGGAUGCUUUCUUGAAGACAUGCAAGCUUGUUGCAGGCAUAAGAAGCAGACAAAAAGAGGAAUCAGAAGACACAACAUAACUUGGAACAGCUAUAAAAUUAAGGUCCAGUAUUAGUUGAGAGUAGCUUAAGGGCCAGUGGAGGUAUUGAUUUCAUUGAGGAACAGCAUACAGUCACAAGACUAUGAGAUCGAUCCAUGGCUAAAUUGGCUCUGCAAAUCUGCAGCCACAAAGAAGUUGAUGUGGUCCAUUGGACUGAAUUUUGAAACCUUAGGCUGUACUUUCACUGCUCACUCCGCAGACGAUUUGGUAGAUUCACGUCCUUGAUGGUGUAUAUAGGAAGUGAUACACAUCCUAAUGUAUAAAUUAUGAUAGUUCACAAUCUGCGAGGGUGAUAGCGUUUUUGUCAGAAGCCUGUAUAGUAAUGAUUUUGCUUGUAUACAAGCCAUAGUCAUAUUGUAAGCAUUCACUACUUCAAGAUAUCUUUACUAGAUUAUAAAUCUUAUAAAUUUUGUAGCCCUGGUUUGUACUAAUAAUCUUAUGAGCAUGUACAGAAUAUUCUUAUGUACUACAUGUGUUCACUUUCAAGGAA